GAACUGCCCUUACUGACUAACUAAUCCCGUUUCCCCUUUUAUUCAUUACUGUCCAGUGUCUUUCUACAGUUUUCUCUUCCUGAGGCAACACCGCGAAGCAGGAACUAUAGGGGAUUGGCUGUUUCUUGUAUCAAAGUUAGAGAGUAAAAAUGGUGAAUGAAGGAGAUAUUUUAAUGCUCGAAGCUCCUCCUGGUGCCUAUCCAACGUGGUCGAGCAGUCAGGAAAUCAUUGAUGCACUACCUUAUAUCGACGAUGAUUAUGGUGACCCAAAUGUGAAAACAGUUGUUGACAAAUUAGUUGAAGAAGAGAUGCGGAGAAGUACUAAGAAACCUGCUGAUUACCUCAAAGAUCUGCCUCCGGCACCGAAGUGCAAUUUUGAGAAUCAUCCUAUGCUUGCCCGAGAAUAUGAGCGUGUUAGAGCUGGCAAGCCUCCUGUAACCCUGGACAUGUCCCGGUAUGGAUUAGAACCACCACCUGUGAAUAAACGAAAUGAUACUAAUGCAUGGACACAACACCUUGAAAAUGCUCAAAGCUCCCUACAACAUCAAAUAUUAAGGCUAGAAAAUUUGGAUUUGAUGUCAAAACAUGGUGGUGAUGUUUGGAAGCAUCACAACCAAGGCCUGGAGUCAUUCUUGUCUAGGAUGCAAUCAAUGGCUCAGGGAUAUAAUGAGAAGAUCGAAAGCGUGAAUCGGGAGAGGAAAUAUCAUCAGCAAAACACUGCAGUUGAGCUGAAUGCAUUAUCUAUGCAAUGGAGGGAGCUCUGUGAGAAGAAUAUACAAAUUCAAGCUGCAUGUGCUGGUAUUGAGAAUCAUAUCGAACAACUUAAGGGUGAAGCUGCAGAGAAAGGCUGGAAAGUGGACAUGGAUGCAGAGAAUAGCUCAUUGCAGUGAGGUCGUCGAGGUAUGAGUUUCUAGGGAGUUGAUGAUUUGCCAGUAAUUGCAGUGCUUUACAUUCAUGUCAAGCUUUUUGUAUCCAAGAUAUGUAUAUGAUUUGGCAGACCUUGAAAGAGUGCCAUAUCUCUUUUCUUGACAACUGUAACUAAUCAAGACUAUGUUAGUUUUACUUGUUUUGAUCAUUUUGAGUGAGAAUUCAGCACUGACAAAUCCAAUUAUUGGUGAACUAUUUCCAAUGCCUCAAAUGAGAACACUUCUGACAUGUAUGUGAUGAAUGUAAGAAUUAUGGUAUAAAGAAUCUUGUAGAAGGAAAAGUUAGUUUCACUUC